UACGGUACGGCAGGUACCGUACCUGGUACGGUACCGUUCCGGUACCGUACGCUUGGAUAAAUUCAUGCCAGCAUCCGGCACCCCUCGCACACAAUUAUUGCAGAAUAGUAUUGCACAACACCUACCUCACAACCGCAUGUCACAUCCACAGUAGGGCAGAAGACAUCAGACAAAGAAGACCAUGAUACUGCAUUCCUCAAGCCUCUUCAGUGUUCUGUUGCAUUUAGUUGGUUUGUUCCAGCAAUGUAGUGGCUUCUCCUUCUUUCCGUCAGCAACAAGACGCUCAAGUUCUACUAGUAGUGCUCUCUUUGGUCGUCGCGGUCGCAAGCAGCAACAGCAACGACAAAAGAAACAACCAACAAAAGAAGCAACCACUAUCAAACAGCCUCGUGUCACUACCAGACCGAAAUCCGAGCUUACUUCAUUGACCAUUGCUUCCGAUUGUACGAUUCAAAUUGCUCAAAUCAAUUCCAACGAUCCUUGGUGGGAGACGACCCAAAACCCGUAUGGAGCUCGGGUAUGGCCGGCCAGUUUCGGCAUUGCUCAAUAUCUAUGGCAACAACAUCAACAGGGAGAUUACCUGGAGGGUAUUCAGGCAUUCGAAGUGGGGUGUGGGACGGGGUUGGUGUCACAAACGGUAGCCUUGGCGGGUGCCACGGUGCAAGCGACUGAUGUUUCCCCAGUGGCACUGCAAUUGACCCAACAAGGAUGGGACGCGACUGUCAAACAACACCAAAACUCCGCUUCUUCUUUAUUGACCACUUCGAUUUACGAUAUCACCCAACCACUUCCUCCCCCAAACGACUCGAAGACGACGCGAUCACAACAAUUGUUUCUCGCAUCGUGUGUAUUGUACGAGGGUGAUUUAGGUAUUGCCAUGGCCCAACGAGUCAAAGAAGCGUAUCAAAGAGGAAUGUGGAUCUUAUUGGGAGACGAUGACUCGGGAUAUCGAGAAGGGGGCCGGCAAAGCUUUCUAGAACAAUUAGCAUUGGGAUCAUUGGGCAGUAUUACUAGUCAAAUUGAAUGGAAACAAGGCACUGUGCAAUGUACGGAAAUGGGGUGGAGGGAGAAACCAUUCUCGUUUCUAGAAUUCAAUGCACCAAAAAAGGAAGUGUAAAGCGAAGGAAGAUAUAAUAUGUUGUGACUAUCUCUGAGGAAGCCGCCAAAUUCAACACUGGUGGGAGCCAGUUUUCGAUGAAAUCUUCAAUGGACGCUGCAAGUCGAAAGCCGCAUCGUGGACGAUACAUGAUGUCUUGCCACUGGCCGAGGCGACAACGUUGAAUGGCAAUGGCGGCGGGCCGAUCUCCACCUGCGGUAGAGUAGUCUGCCUCCCCGAGGACCAGCGUAACCGCUUCUUCAAACUCGCAAUCGUUGGCCUUCACUACUAGACUACUAGCUAUUUCCCAUACUCUCGCUCGUUGAAAAUCGGUUGAGCUGUACUGGGCUGGGAAUGAAUCUCAAAAGAGAGUUCAAGGUGUUUAGAGGAAUUCUGCCUCCGCACAUUGCUUUGUUUUUGUGUGUCCCCAUCCUAUGGUAGGACCUGCGCUCAAGGAGGAAUGAACUUCCAUGUGGCCCCCGAGUGCGAAAUAUAGUAGGCCCCUUUUAUUUCAAAGAUCAUUUGUGUCCAAGACGGUUGCUCAUUGGCUUUAAAAAAAUGAUGAGGGGUUGUGCCGUACCGGUACAAGGCCGGCCACUAGCCCCGCAUGAAAGAGAA